GCCACUAGAUACACUAAACAUAGAUUGGCUUGACGGCCCUGGUACAUCUGCUUUCUCUGCUAUUUUAUCACAUUUUAUCUAUGAGUUUCCUCCGUCGCCGCAUAGAUUUUUCAUCAGUAAAUAAAGGAGUCAGAAAAAACAAGCCAAACCACAAAAGUGCAACUGUCUCGCCUCAUAUUUGGAGAGGUUUUACCAUCGGCUCUGCGACGCUGUUGGGUUUGCAGGAAGCAACUGCACCUUUUAUCCCGAAACUUCAUCUGGGUACGCUCAUGAAAACAGUAACCGGUACACGUUGAAACUCAAAUAUUAUAGUAGGUGGUUUUAAGUUAGCACACAUGUUUUAAAACUAAGGGAAGAGGAUAUUUUAAAGCCAAGAACGAAGGUGCAAUUACUUAACACUUGCAACAUGGCUGCUGCGGGGACGGUAGUGGGAAAAGUUUGACACUGACGUGGGAGAAGUUUUAUGCGAAUGCUAGUUGGUACAUGAGUUGUUGGAUAGAUAUUGAAGUCGUCAGCAGCCUCCUCCAGCCUGGCAGCUCUUUACGGACUUACAAACAAGUGGAUAAACCGUGUGAAGCCUCCUCCUCCUCUGUAGUCACUGCCGACAGUCACUGCAGAGACUUUGUGGGGAACUGUGGUGUCUUCUUCUGCAUCGGAAAGCUGCAGUGGCGUUCAAGGACUAAGGCAGCAGGCUGUGUAUCGAGCUAAAAUGCAUUUUUCCAUACCCGAAACGGAGGUUCGUUCGGGAGAAAAUGGAUCAACCUAUGUGGCCUACAACAUCCAUGUGAACGGCGUGCUGCACUGUCGGGUACGCUACAGUCAGCUUCUCGGCCUCCAUGAACAGAUAAAGAAAGAAUAUGGCAGCAACGUGGUGCCUGCUUUCCCUCCAAAGAAGAUCUUCACUCUGACUCCUGCUGAGGUCGAACAGAGACGAGAGCAGCUGGAGAAAUACAUGCAGGCUGUCCGUCAGGAUCCCUUGCUCGGAGCCAGUGAAUUGUUCAACAGCUUCUUAAGGAAAGCACAGCAGGAGACGCAGCAGAUUCCCACAGAAGAAGUCGCUCUAGACAUCUGCCACUCCAACAGUCAGAAGGUCACGGUCAACAUUCUGACCUCGGAUCAGACGGAGGACGUCCUGGAUGCUGUUGCAACAAAACUCGACCUUCCAGAUGACCUUGUUGGUUACUUCAGUCUCUUCCUCGUCCGUGAGGGUGUGGAUGGAGGGUUAACAUUCGUGCGGAAGCUGCAGGAGUUUGAGCUGCCGUAUGUAUCCAUUACCAGCUUGCGGAGCUCUGAGUUUCACAUACUCCUACGGAAAAGCUACUGGGACAUGUCGUACGACGCUGACGUCAUGGACAACAGCGUCGGAUUGAAUUUGCUAUAUGCCCAGACAGUGUCUGACAUUGAGCGAGGCUGGAUACUUGUCAACAAGGAUCAGCACAGGCAGCUGAAAUCACUGCAGGAAAAAGGAUCCAAGAAAGAAUUCAUCCAUCUAGGCCAGACUCUCAAAUAUUACGGCUAUAUCAAGUUUGACCCCUGCAUCACAGACUUCCCGGAGAAGGGCUGCCAAGUCAUCGUCAGUGCCGGCAACAACGAGCUCAACUUCCACGUCAAGCUGCCCAACGAACAGAUGAAGGAGGGAAGCUUCAAGGUCACGCGCAUGAGGUGUUGGCGAGUCACGUCUUCUCAAGUCCCGAUAGCUAAUGGCACCACCACUCCCUGCAGCUCGUCCAAAUGUGACGUCAAGCUGGAGCUCGCCUUCGAGUAUCUGAUGAGCAAGGACCGCCUGCAGUGGGUCACCAUCACCAGUCAGCAGGCUAUCAUGAUGAGUAUCUGCCUUCAGUCUAUGGUGGACGAGUUAAUGGUGAAGAAGUCAGGCGGCAGUAUUAAAAAGAUGCUGAGGAAACGACACAACGGCUCCAUCCACCGGUCAGAGAGUCAGCAAACUGUGAAAUCUCCCCCUCUACUGGACUCCCCUGACCCAAACCGAGAACAAAUCGUCAAACUCUCAACCAAGCUGAACUCUGUGUCUCUCCGGGGGAUCAGCGCCUCAAACUCGGCAAAUGAUAUCAGCGGCAAUGAUUUCCAUGGCAACUAUGCUUUCGAGGGAAUCGGGGAUGACGACCUGUAACCCCUGACUCCCCCUCGUCGCUCCACCGUCAGCGACCGGGAGGACAAAGAUUACAAGCUGAGCUGAGCCGAGCCAAGCGGGCCACACACGCCUCCGAAUCUGCAAGAUUGUAGCUUCUUCCUGGGGAAAAUUGCCGCCUUAAGCUCUCAUUUAAUCUUUGACCGUGUCCUUCUCUUUUAGACUCUUAAAUCUUGAUUUGUAUUUUUAGUUACAUCAACAUAUUCAAUUGCGCUCUGUCGCUAUCUAUUAAACUUGUGGCAACAUAGAGUAAAUAGCAUGUGAAGCUACAGGUACGCAAAUAGGUAUGAUUUUUCGUAUGUUACUGACCGAUUAUCUUUCAUUCACAUGGAUUACUGCUUCAUCGACAGUGUGUGUACAGUUCUACAAUGCAGUUUAAUUCAUGAGGUACAACGUAAAUUAAUAUAUUAUAAACUACAUGAAGAAAAACCUGCUCGAUUUUAAAUCAUUUCCCUGGGUGGCUGCAUGUUCCUUUCCAACCCGAGAGCCAAAUGUUUAGUUAGACCUGGCACUAGUGAUAAUAAUACAGCAGAACUGGACAUGGAUAGUUCUCAAAAUGACCGGGAUACCAGUGAAUGUGUUGAAUUUGACCUAUAGACUAUUCAACUGCUUACUUAUAUGAUGAUGAUUAUCAAUGUUAGGCUUGGCUAGAUACCAAAAUGUCAUGUUUUUAUACUGUUAUAGUGAUCCUCUGUGUUUCAUGCUACUCAUGUGCCAAGUCAGUAAAUAUCUUAGCAGGAUGCCAGCGGUGUUUUCACCUUCCGUUUGAGGCACAGUCGCUCAUACUGCCUUCAGAAAUAGUCUGAUGCCUUAACUUUUACUUUUUUAGCCUCGUGGGUUAACUCGACAUAGAUAUUGUCAGCCGGUGUUACAUGGAAUCUUGCAGAACUUGAUAGAUGGUUGAUUUGGCCGAGCUGCUUGCACUUGCUGAACCCAUCACUUUUGCACAGUAUUACAGGUGGAGAGGAAUGUUUGAGUGGAAGCUUGAGCACGACUUCAAACAUUGUGUGGAGAUUUCUCUCUGUAAAUCCAUACAUGAUUUUCUUUUUUUUUUUAAACCAUUUUUUAAAGGUUUCUCAUAAAUGCCAAAUUAUAGUUUACUAAAGCAUUUUGCACAAAAUAAACAUAAAAAAUUAUGACAAUGUCACUUUUUAUAUUAUGUACAUGAAAUUAAGUAUUCUGAACAUUUACUAAUAUUCUUCAUCUUCAAUAGCCUAUUGUAAUCAAAUAGAUUAAAUGUAAUCUACGCUGUAUAGAACAAAUGGACUAACAUCAUUGUUUACAUAAUGUUUAGGGGACUUUGUUAGUUAAUAUGUAAAGUGUUUACAAUUUUUCACCUGAUUUACUUCAUCUUGUUCUUUAUUGGCGAGUGCCGCUUUUGUGGGGAGCAUUCUUUCGGGCUUCAGUUCAUCGUAAUCUGUCUGUACAUUGUGCCAAUCAUCUCAGUGGCUCUAGUAGAAAAGUGGCUAAUGUGAUCACAAUUGCUUGAGCGAACAAAGUUCUUCCAGAGCAGGAAACAAAAUGAACAGUUGUUUUAUAAAACGCCAUUCCAGUUUUAUUGCUUUUAGCGUCCAUAAAGCUGCAGAAAAAUGUGUUUUGAAGCCUCUAAAUGUAAAUCAAGAGCUUUACUCUCACUGGUAGCAAGAACUGUAAAAAAAAAAACAAUGUUCUAAAUAUAACUGUCUUGUUCUUCACUGCUGUGCUUCUUCUCUGUCUUCAGUUUACUGAAAGUGGAUGUGGUCAGCUUUAUUCAUUUUUAAAUUCUUUAUUUCUGUCUAUCAUGUACAAGAAGCUCCUGGGUGUUAAUAACUGUAGGUGCCAAAUGUAGUGCAUUUAUCAUCAGCAUCACUUUUACAGAACAUGUCAUAUUUCCUGAUGAUUGUAUUGACUUGAUUCAAUCCACUACUUUUCAUUUAGAUUUUAGUGGUCAGUAACAACUGUCAUGAUGCUAAAAAUAAACUCUUUAGGUGA